AUGAAAUCCAUCAAUUUCGUUACCGGAAAUAAAAACAAACUCGCUGAAGUGCAGGCGAUACUGCAAGACACCAUCGAGGUCAAGAGCGUAUCCGUCGACGUCCCUGAGCUACAAGGGACGAUAGAAGAGAUUGCCAAAGAGAAGUGUCGUAAAGCGGCUGAAGCUGUCAACGGGCCUGCAUUGACAGACGAUACUGCAUUAGAGUUCAAUGCCCUUAAUGGUCUACCAGGUCCCUAUAUAAAAUGGUUCCUUGAGAAGCUAGGUCAUGUCGGACUUAAUAAAUUGGUCGAGCCAUAUGAGGAUAAGUCCGCCGUCACGGUUGCUACGUUUGCCUUCUGUGCUGGACCAGGAGAGGAGCCAAUCCUUUUUCAAGGAAAAACUGAGGGCAAGGUAGUUCCUGCUCGUGGUUCAACCCAAUUCGGUUGGGAUCCGAUCUUUGAAUAUGAAGGCCAAACAUAUGCCGAGAUGGAUCCAAAGUACAAGAACACGAUAUCCCAUCGAUAUAAGGCGUUGAUGAAGCUCAAAGCAUGGAUUGAAGAGCAGAAGAAGCAGCAGCAGCUUUAA